AGAAAAAAGAUGCAAAGACGCUGCUGCGGCUGCAAAGGGACCACCUGGCCGAAGGAAGCCGCCGCCGCUGCCGCCGCUGCCGCCGCUCGGAGGCAAAGCCGGGGAUGUGGGGCAUGCCAGCGCCCGGACUUGUGCACCUGGGGCAAGAUCAUGGGAAUUAAAAGUGGAUUUAUCUUGGGGAAUCUCGUCUUCUUCUGGAUGGUCUCCUGCGUGAAAGGAUUUAUUUAUACAUGUGGUGGAACUUUAAAAGGACUUAAUGGUACAAUAGAAAGCCCUGGCUUCCCAUAUGGAUAUCCAAAUGGCGCAAACUGUACAUGGGUAAUAAUUGCAGAAGAAAGAAAUAGAAUACAGAUAGUAUUUCAGUCUUUUGCUCUAGAAGAAGAAUAUGAUUAUUUAUCAUUAUAUGAUGGACAUCCUCAUCCUACAAACUUCAGGACAAGGUUAACGGGUUUUCAUCUUCCUCCUCCUGUGACCAGUACAAAGUCUGUAUUUUCUCUACGACUGACCAGUGACUUUGCUGUGAGUGCUCAUGGAUUUAAAGUAUAUUAUGAAGAAUUACAGAGCAGUUCUUGUGGAAAUCCUGGAGUUCCACCCAAAGGCAUUUUGUAUGGUGCAAGGUUUGAUGUUGGUGACAAAAUCCGGUACAGCUGUGUGACGGGAUACAUCCUGGAUGGACACCCCCAACUCACUUGUAUAGCCAACUCAGUGAACACAGCAUCCUGGGAUUUUCCAGUUCCUAUCUGCAGAGCGGAGGAUGCAUGUGGAGGAACCAUGAGGGGAUCCAGUGGCAUCGUCUCUAGCCCCAAUUUUCCUAAUGAAUACCACAAUAAUGCAGACUGCACAUGGACCAUUGUGGCUGAGCCUGGAGACACCAUUUCACUCAUAUUUACAGAUUUUCAAAUGGAAGAGAAAUAUGAUUACUUGGAAAUAGAAGGUUCAGAACCACCCACAAUAUGGUUGUCUGGAAUGAAUAUACCUCCUCCAAUUAUCAGCAACAAAAACUGGCUCCGACUUCAUUUUGUAACAGACAGCAACCACCGAUAUCGUGGAUUUAGCGCUCCCUAUCAAGGUUCUUCUUCCACUUUGACCCAAACUGCCUCCACUGGUGAGUUAGAGGAGGAUAUUGCGGCCACUGCUGGUGAUUUUACUGUUGCUAGCACAUCUGCUGAUGUUACUGUAUCCAGUGUUACUGCUGUCACCAUCCCUAGAAUAUCCGAAGAACAGCAAGUGCAAGCUGUGAAUCUCAGAAAAUCUGAUCUGGAACUCACCACUUCCAAGGAGUCGCUCUCCCUUCAAUCAGCAAAUACCCAAAGUACAAGAAGACGGCCAAGAAAUGCUGAACAGAUAGAAAGAACUAAAGAGCUUGCAGUUGUUACUCAUAGAGUGAAAAAGGCCAUAGAUUUUAAAUCUAGAGGAUUUAAAUUGUUUCCAGGGAAAGACAACAGCAACAAGUUUUCUAUCUUAAAUGAAGGAGGUAUUAAACAGGCAUCCAAUAUGUGUCCUGAUCCUGGAGAACCUGAGAAUGGAAAACGGAUAGGCUCAGAUUUUAGCCUGGACUCAACAGUACAAUUUUCUUGUGAUGAAGACUAUGUACUACAAGGUGCAAAAAGUAUCACCUGUCAGAGAAUAGCAGAGGUUUUUGCUGCUUGGAGUGAUCAUAGACCAGUGUGUAAAGAAAAGACUUGUGGAUCUAAUCUUCAGGGACCCAGUGGAACCUUUACAUCACCAAAUUUCCCAUUCCAGUAUGACAGUAAUGCUCAGUGUGUUUGGGUCAUCACAGCAAUCAACCCAAAUAAGGUGAUUCAGAUUAAUUUUGAGGAAUUUGAUCUGGAGAUUGGCUAUGACACACUAACAAUUGGUGAUGGAGGAGAAGUGGGUGAUCCCAGAACGGUCCUUCAAGUGUUAACAGGAAGCUUCGUGCCAGAUUUAAUUGUCAGUAUGAACCAUCAGAUGUGGCUGCAUCUUCAAACAGAUGAAAGUGUGGGUUCUAUUGGCUUCAAAGUUAACUACAAAGAGAUUGAAAAAGAAAGCUGUGGGGAUCCUGGAACUCCAUUAUAUGGCAUUAGAGAAGGGGAUGGAUUUUCCAAUCGUGACAUGUUAAGGUUUGAGUGUCAGUUUGGGUUUGAACUGAUUGGAGAAAAAUCUAUUGUUUGUCAAGAGAACAACCAAUGGUCAGCAAACAUACCGAUUUGCAUUUUUCCUUGUCUUUCUAAUUUCACGGCACCAAUGGGGACUGUUCUUUCUCCGGAUUACCCUGAGGGAUAUGGAAAUAACUUGAACUGCAUCUGGACAAUCAUUUCAGACCCAGGAAGUCGCAUCCAUCUCUCCUUUAAUGACUUUGAUUUGGAGUCCCAGUUUGACUUCCUUGCAAUUAAAGAUGGUGACUCUCCAGACUCUCCAAUACUUGGCACUUUUACUGGAGCUGAAGUGCCCUCCCAUCUGACUAGUAACAGUCAUAUUUUACGUCUGGAAUUUCAGGCUGACCACUCGAUGUCAGGACGUGGAUUUAACAUCACAUAUAAUACCUUUGGACAUAAUGAGUGUCCUGAUCCUGGUAUACCAAUCAAUGCACGGCGCUUUGGUGACAACUUUCAACUGGGAAGUUCAAUCUCUGUCAUUUGUGAAGAAGGUUUUAUUAAAACUCAAGGAACUGAAACAAUCACUUGUGUAUUGAUGGAUGGGAAGGUUAUGUGGAGUGGACCAAUCCCUAAGUGUGGAGCUCCAUGUGGUGGGCAUUUUUCUUCUCCCAGUGGAGUCAUCCUUUCUCCAGGCUGGCCUGGGUAUUAUAAAGACUCCUUGAAUUGUGAGUGGGUGAUUGAAGCUGAACCAGGACACUCUAUCAAAAUUACGUUUGAAAGAUUCCAGACAGAACUCAAUUAUGAUGUUCUUGAAGUGCAUGAUGGACCCAACCUUUUGUCACCUCUUCUAGGAUCUUACAAUGGCACACAAGUCCCCCAGUUUUUGUUCAGUAGCAGCAAUUUCAUUUAUCUUCUCUUUACAACAGACAAUAGCCGCUCUAAUAAUGGAUUCAAGAUACACUAUGAAAGUGUAACAGUUAACACCUACUCUUGUUUGGAUCCUGGCAUACCAGUCCAUGGCCGUCGUUAUGGGCAUGACUUUUCCAUUGGGUCAACAGUAUCAUUUGGAUGUGACCCAGGCUAUAGACUGAGUCAUGAAGAGCCUCUGCUGUGUGAAAAGAAUCACUGGUGGAGCCACCCACUUCCUACUUGUGAUGCUUUGUGUGGAGGAGAUGUUAGAGGGCCAAGUGGAACUAUUUUAUCCCCGGGUUACCCUGAACUCUAUCCAAAUUCACUCAAUUGUACAUGGACUGUGGAUGUUACCCAUGGGAAAGGAGUGCAGUUCACCUUUCACACCUUUCAUUUGGAAGAUCAUCACGACUACUUACUAAUCACAGAGAAUGGCAGCUUCACUCGGCCACUGGCACGCCUGACUGGCUCAGAACUUCCGUCGGCAAUCAAUGCUGGUCUCUAUGGAAAUUUCAGGGCUCAGUUGCGCUUCAUUUCUGACUUCUCAAUAUCAUAUGAAGGAUUUAAUAUUACUUUCUCUGAAUACAACCUUGAACCCUGUGAAGAUCCUGGGACUCCGCAAUUUGGAAGCAGAAUAGGGUUUAACUUUGGAGUAGGAGACACUUUAACAUUCUCUUGUUCAUCUGGAUACCGUUUAGAAGGAGCAUCAGAGAUUAUCUGUCUUGGUGGUGGCCGACGUGUGUGGAGUGCACCUCUGCCCAGGUGUGUGGCUGAAUGUGGAGCAUCUGCUACAAAUAAUGAAGGAAUUUUGCUGUCCCCCAAUUACCCACUCAACUAUGAAAACAACCAUGAAUGUAUUUACAGCAUUCAAGUACAAGCAGGGAAGGGAAUCAAUAUAUCUGCCAGAACAUUUCAUUUAGCACAAGGAGAUAUUCUUAAGAUAUAUGAUGGAAGGGACAAUACAGCACACUUGCUGGGGGCAUUUACUGGAGCGUCACUGCGAGGGCUAACACUGAGCAGCACUUCAAAUCAUCUCUGGCUUGAAUUUAAUUCAGAUUCUGAAGGGACAGAUGAGGGUUUUCAACUUGUAUAUACUAGCUUCGAGCUUUCUCAUUGUGAGGAUCCAGGUGUGCCACAAUUUGGAUACAAGAUAAGUGAUCAGGGUCACUUUGCUGGCAGCACCAUCAUUUAUGGAUGCAAUCCAGGGUACACACUCCAUGGAAGUAGUCUGCUUAAGUGCAUGACAGGAGAAAGAAGGGCAUGGGACUAUCCACUGCCAUCUUGUAUCGCUGAAUGUGGAGGUCGUUUUAAAGGAGAAUCCUCUGGAAGAAUCUUAUCUCCAGGCUAUCCAUUUCCUUAUGACAAUAAUCUCCGUUGCAUGUGGAUGAUUGAAGUUGAUCCAGGAAAUAUUGUCAGCCUCCAGUUUCUUGCAUUCGAUACUGAAGCAUCGCACGAUAUACUCCGUGUUUGGGAUGGUCCACCUGAAAAUGACAUGUUGCUAAAAGAAAUUAGUGGUUCUCUUAUUCCAGAAGGCAUCCACAGCACUCUCAACAUAGUAACAAUCCAGUUUGACACAGACUUUUAUAUCAGCAAAUCAGGAUUUGCCAUUCAGUUUUCAAGCUCUGUAGCAACAGCUUGUCGUGAUCCUGGUGUCCCCAUGAAUGGAACCAGAAAUGGGGAUGGAAGAGAGCCUGGAGACACAGUCAUUUUUCAGUGUGACCCUGGUUAUGAAUUACAAGGAGAUGAGAGAAUAACCUGCAUUCAGGUAGAAAAUCGGUACUUCUGGCAGCCCAACCCACCAGUCUGUAUAGCACCUUGUGGAGGCAAUUUAACAGGCUCAUCAGGUUUUAUUCUUUCACCAAAUUUCCCUCAUCCUUAUCCCCAUAGCAGAGACUGUGACUGGACUAUCACUGUUAAUAACGACUAUGUAAUAUCAUUAGCAUUUAUCAGCUUCAGUAUAGAACCAAACUAUGACUUCCUCUACAUCUAUGAUGGGCCAGACAGCAACAGUCCUCUAAUUGGAAGCUUUCAAGACAGCAAGUUACCAGAAAGAAUAGAAAGCAGUUCAAACUCCAUGCAUCUGGCUUUUCGAAGUGAUGGAUCUGUUAGUUUUACUGGUUUCCACUUGGAAUAUAAAGCCAAACUCCGUGAGUCCUGCUUUGAUCCUGGUAAUAUAAUGAAUGGCACAAGACUUGGAAUGGAUUAUAAACUCGGAUCAACAGUCACAUAUUAUUGUGAUGCGGGUUAUGUUCUUCAAGGUUACUCUACGCUCACUUGUAUCAUGGGAGAUGAUGGGAGACCUGGAUGGAACAGAGCCUUACCCAGCUGCCAUGCCCCUUGUGGAAGUCGAUCAACAGGCUCUGAAGGCACAGUUUUAUCACCAAACUAUCCAAAAAACUACAGCAUAGGACACAACUGCAUUUACUCCAUUGCCGUCCCUAAAGAGUUUGUGGUAUUUGGCCAGUUUGUAUUUUUCCAGACAUCACUUCACGACGUGGUUGAGGUAUAUGAUGGCCCAACUCAACAGUCGUCUUUAUUAUCUUCUCUCUCAGGAUCACACUCAGGAGAAUCCCUUCCCUUGAGCUCAGGUAACCAGAUUACCAUUCGAUUUACUUCAGUCGGACCUGUAACAGCUAAAGGAUUUCACUUUGUAUAUCAAGCGGUUCCAAGGACAAGUGCAACACAGUGCAGUUCAGUGCCUGAACCAAGAUUUGGGAAAAGGAUUGGAAAUGAAUUUGCAGUUGGUUCACUGGUUUUUUUUGAAUGUAACCCAGGCUAUAUACUGUAUGGAUCAAUAGCAAUUAGAUGUGACACUGUGCCCAAUGCCCUGGCACAGUGGAAUGAUUCUCUUCCUACAUGUGUUGUGCCCUGUGGAGGAAUUUUAACUAAGCGCAAAGGUACCAUUUUGUCCCCUGGUUACCCUGAGCCGUAUGAUAACAACCUGAAUUGUGUAUGGAAGAUCACCGUGCCAGAAGGAGCUGGAAUCCAAGUACAAGUUAUAAGUUUUGCAACAGAGCAUAACUGGGACUCUUUGGAUUUUUAUGACGGUGCUGACAAUAAUGCUCCACGGCUUGGAAGCUAUUCAGGAACAACAAUACCUCCACUUCUCAACAGUACAUCCAACAAUUUAUACUUAAACUUUCAAUCGGAUAUUAGUGUGUCAGCUGCUGGAUUCCACCUGGAGUAUACAGCUAUAGGUUUGGACUCUUGCCCUGAACCACAGACCCCAAACAGUGGUAUUAAAAUAGGAGACAGGUACAUGGUUGGAGAUGUGAUUUCCUUCCAGUGUGAUCAGGGAUAUUCUCUUCAGGGACAUUCACAUAUCACCUGUAUGCCUGGACCUGUAAGAAGAUGGAAUUACCCUAUUCCUAUUUGUUUAGCACAGUGUGGUGGUUCUAUGUCAGACUUCAGUGGAGUGAUUCUGAGCCCAGGCUUUCCUGGAAAUUAUCCUAGUAGUUUGGACUGCACAUGGACAAUCAUGUUGCCAAUUGGUUUUGGUGUGCACUUGCAGUUUGCAAACUUUUCAACAGAGAUGAUCCAUGAUUAUUUGGAAGUCAGAAGUGGAUCAACAGAUACUAGUACUGUUAUCGGGAGACUUAGUGGCCCCCAGUUACCAGCUUCUCUUUUUAGUACAACCCACGAGACUAACUUAUAUUUUCAUAGUGACUAUUCUCAGAACAAACAGGGGUUUCAUAUUGUGUAUCAAGCAUAUCAGUUGCAGAGUUGUCCUGACCCACGUCCAUUCCGCAAUGGUUUUGUCAUUGGAACAGACUUUACUGUAGGACAAACCGUUUCAUUUGAAUGUUUCCCCGGAUACACUUUAAUUGGGAACUCGGCACUUACUUGCCUUCAUGGGAUCAGUCGGAAUUGGAAUCAUCCUCUACCAAGGUGUGAAGCUCUUUGUGGAGGAAAUAUAACUUCAAUGAAUGGCACUAUAUACUCUCCAGGCUACCCUGAUGAGUAUCCCAAUUUCCAGGACUGUUUUUGGCUUGUAAGAGUGCCACCAGGAAAUGGUAUCUAUAUCAAUUUCACUGUUCUUCAAACAGAGCCAAUAUACGAUUUCAUAACUGUCUGGGAUGGGCCUGACCAAAGUUCUCCACAGAUUGGACAGUUUAGUGGCAACACUGCAUUGGAGUCAGUCUACAGCACUUCAAACCAAAUACUCAUCAAGUUCCACAGUGACUUCACAACAAGUGGCUUCUUUGUGCUCAGUUAUCAUGCAUACCAACUUCGAGUGUGUCAGCCUCCACCUACUAUACCAAAUGCUGAAAUUCUGACUGAGGAUGAUGAAUUUGAAAUAGGGGACAUAAUAAGGUAUCAGUGUCUACCAGGGUUUACAUUAGUUGGUAAUGAGAUUCUGACAUGUAGACUGGGAGAAAGGCUACAGAUGGAUGGAGCACCGCCUGCUUGCCAAGUGCUUUGUCCAGCAAAUGAAUUGCGCCUAGAUUCAACAGGAGUAAUAUUGAGCCCUGGCUACCCAGAUAGCUACCCAAACCUCCAAAUGUGUGCAUGGACCAUUACUGUGGAAAAGGGCUAUAAUAUUAGUCUUUACUUUGAAUUCUUUCAAACAGAAAAGGAAUUUGAUAUACUUGAGGUGUUUGAUGGACCAAAUAGUCACAGUCCACUGCUAAUCUCCCUAAGUGGAGAUUAUUCUUCCUCUCUAAAUGUAACCAGCAGUGGCCAUGAAGUUUUCCUCCGAUGGUCAGCAGACCAUGGCACCAACAAAAAGGGCUUCAGGAUAAGAUAUAUAGCUCAUUACUGCAGUACUCCAGAGUCACCUCCUCAUGGGUUCAUUGUCAGUCAGACAGGCGGACAGCUCAACAGUGUGGUUCGCUGGGCUUGUGACCGAGGAUAUCGGCUCGUUGGGAAGAGUACUGCUGUUUGUAGGAAAUCUUCCAAUGGAUAUCAUGCAUGGGAUGUGCCUGUCCCGGCCUGUCAAGCUAUAUCCUGUGGAAUUCCAAAAGCACCAGCAAAUGGUGGGAUACUGACAACAGACUAUUUAGUAGGCACAAGAGUUACAUAUUUUUGCAAUGAUGGAUAUAGGCUAUCAUCCAAGGAACUUACAACUGCAGUCUGUCAGCCAGAUGGCACAUGGAGCAAUCACAACAAAACACCUCGUUGUGUAGUUGUUACAUGCCCAAGCAUCAAUUCAUUCACCUUGGAGCAUGGGAGAUGGCGAAUAGUGAAUGGUUCUCACUAUGAAUACAAAACAAAAGUUGUUUUCAAUUGUGAUCCUGGGUACCAUGGAUUGGGACCAGAAUCCAUUGAAUGCCUCGCCAAUGGAACAUGGAGUUGGAGAAAUGAGAGACCAUACUGCCAAAUCAUUUCAUGUGGAGAACUUCCUGUACCUCCAAAUGGGAAUAAGAUUGGAACUCAAAUCACAUAUGGAUCAACAGCAAUUUUUACUUGUGACUUGGGAUUCAUGCUGGUGGGCUCAGCUGUAAGGGAAUGUCUGUCAUCUGGACUAUGGAGUGGAACUGAAACAAGGUGUUUAGCUGGCCAUUGUGGCACUCCAGAUCUUAUAGUCAAUGGUCAAGUAAUUGGAGAAAAUUAUGGGUACAGAGACACUGUCGUAUACCAGUGCAAUCCUGGCUUUCGACUGAUUGGUUCAUCUGUACGAAUAUGCCAGCAAGAUCACAACUGGUCUGGUCAACUUCCAGCCUGUGUGCCUGUUAGCUGUGGUCAUCCUGGCAGUCCAAUUUAUGGACGAACGAGUGGGAACGGUUUCAAUUUCAAUGAUGUUGUGACAUUCUCUUGCAAUACCGGCUAUGUCAUGCAAGGACCAACAAAAGCCCAGUGUCAAGCAAACAGGCAGUGGAGCCACCCACCACCGAUAUGUAAAGUGGUCAACUGUACUGAUCCAGGAAUUCCUGCAAAUUCCAUAAGAGAAAGUAAAAUUGAGCAUGGAAAUUUUACCUAUGGCACUGUUGUGUUUUAUGACUGUAAUCCUGGAUAUUUUUUAUUUGGAUCGUCUGUUUUAGUCUGCCAGCCAAAUGGUCACUGGGAUAAACCUUUGCCAGAAUGCAUUAUGAUUGACUGUGGUCAUCCUGGCAUUCCUCCCAAUGCAAUCCUGUCUGGUGAAAAAUAUACAUUUGGUUCCACUGUUCGUUACUCCUGUACGGGAAGACGAUUGCUAAUAGGACAGGCAUCCCGGACAUGCCAGUUAAAUGGACACUGGAGCGGAUCUAUGCCUCAUUGCUCAGGUGAUAAUGCAGGAUCUUGUGGAGAUCCAGGAACCCCAGGCCAUGGUUCAAGAGAAGAAAACAAUUUUAGAAUUAAAAGUACUGUGCAAUUCUCUUGUGAGCUUGGUUACAUCCUUCAUGGAUCAGAGGAAAGAACAUGUCUAGCAAAUGGAAGUUGGACAGGAAAGCAACCAGAAUGCAAAGCUGUGCAGUGCGGUAACCCAGGAACAACUGCUAAUGGGAAGGUUUAUCGGAUAGAUGGCACAACAUUCACUAGUUCUGUAAUCUAUUCCUGCAUGGAAGGCUAUAUUCUGUCUGGACCUUCUGUAAGGCAGUGUACUGCCAAUGGAACAUGGUCUGGUUCCUUGCCCAAUUGUACAAUAAUCAGUUGUGGGGAUCCAGGUGUCCCAGCCAGUGGCCUAAGAUACGGUGAUGAUUUUGUUGUGGGACAAAAUGUUACAUAUAUGUGCCAGCCAGGGUACACAAUGGAAUCCAACAUCUCCAGAUUUCGGACUUGCACCACUAAUGGCACAUGGAGUGGAAUGCUUCCUAUGUGUAAAGCUGUUACCUGUCCAACUCCACCCCAAAUCUCUAAUGGAAGACAGGAAGGAACAAAUUUUGACUGGGGCUUUAGCAUUAGCUAUGUCUGCUCGCCUGGCUAUGAGCUAUCUUUUCCUGCUGUUUUGACUUGUGUUGGUAAUGGAACAUGGAGUGGCGAAGUACCUCAGUGUUUACCAAAGUUUUGUGGUGAUCCAGGAGUACCUGCACAAGGCAAAAGGGAAGGCAAGAGCUUCAUAUAUCAAUCAGAAGUCUCCUUUAGCUGUAAUCUUCCAUAUGUGUUGGUUGGGUCCAGUACUCGGAUAUGUCAAGCAGAUGGUACUUGGAGUGGGUCAUCUCCCCGUUGCAUAGAACCAAGUCGAACAGCUUGUGAAAACCCUGGAAUUCCCCAUCAUGGAUCACAAAACAAUACAUUUGGUUAUCAGGUUGGAAAUGUUGUGCAGUUUCAGUGUAAGAAAGGAUACCUCCUUCAGGGCUCCACAACUCGCACUUGCCUUCCUGAUCUUACGUGGAGUGGGAUUCAGCCAGAAUGCAUACCUCACAGCUGUAAACAGCCAGACUCUCCGGCUCAUGUGAACGUUGAAGGAAUGGAUCUUCCCUCUCUUGGGUAUACCCUGAUGUAUACCUGCCAACCAGGGUAUUUCCUAGCAGGAGGAUCCGAACAUAGAGUCUGCAGAUCUGAUGGCACCUGGACAGGGAAGGUCCCUGUUUGUGAAGCUGGUUCCAAAAUAUUGGUGAAAGACCCUAGACCAGCUUUGGGAACACCCAGUCCCAAAUUAAAUGUUCCUGAUGAUGUGUUUGCCCAGAAUUACAUAUGGAAAGGCUCCUACAAUUAUAAAGGCAGAAAACAACCCAUGACCUUGACAGUGACUAGUUUCAAUGCAACAUCAGGAAGAGUGAAUGCAACGCUUACCAACAGCAAUAUGGAGCUAUUACUUUCAGGGGUAUAUAAAAGCCAAGAAGCCCGUUUAAUGCUCCAUAUAUAUCUCAUUAAAGCACCAUCCCAUACUUCGCUGAACAAACUGAAGGAGGAAAAAUGGGCAAUGGACGGUUUUGUUUCAGCUGAACCUGAUGGUGCUACCUAUGUUUUUCAAGGAUUUAUCCAGGGUAAAGAUUAUGGGCAGUUUGGACUUCAAAGAUUAGGACUUAACAUGUCUGAAGGUUCAAAUUCUUCAAACCAACAACAUGGUACAAACAGCAGUUCUGUGGCCAUUGCUAUUCUCGUGCCUUUCUUUGCCCUUAUAUUAGCAGGAUUUGGGUUUUACCUUUAUAAACAAAGAACUGCCCCUAAAACGCAGUAUACAGGAUGUUCUGUACAUGAAAAUAACAAUGGGCAAGCUGCUUUUGAAAACCCCAUGUAUGACACCAAUGCAAAGUCAGUUGAAGGGAAGGCUGUACGGUUUGAUCCCAACUUGAACACGGUUUGCACAAUGGUAUAACAUGGCGACGGCUCGACUUCAGUGAUCUGAAAAUUGAAAUGACACAGUGCGCGCCUAAUUCACUGGUUUUAAAAAAAAAAAUUAUAUAUUAAAGCACACUUUUCAGGAUUUCCUGGGUCACCUUCUCCUGAGGAUGAGAGAGACAAGAGUGGAUUUCUUUUCUUUUCUUUUUUCUUUCCUUUUUUUUCAUAAACUGGAAAAAAAUGUACUUCAUUGCUACCGUGGAGUACUUUACAGAAGAAAUCUGCUGCACUCCAUGAGUGCUUACUCACAGUUUAUUUGCUUUUUUAAAAAAGGAGAUUAUUCUAAAAAAAGAAAAAUUAAAUAAAUAAAAAUAAAACAUAUUUGCAUAUAUUGGAGGAGCAUCCAUUAUCAGUACUUUUGUGCUUUAUAAACUGUGCUAGAGGGACUGGGUUUAAAAGAAGAAAACAAAAGAUAUAUGGUAGAAAUUAAGAGCUAUAUUUACAGGAGACAGCAAGUCACUGACUUCGCUUUUAACCAUCACACACUGCAUCGCUCCCUCAACAGUAAAAAAAAUUGAUCCUAUUCUCUCAAUUAUACCU